CAGACAGUUGAUCUUUAAAAAUGGAUAAGUUAACAAAUCUCAGCACAAAAGAAAGAAUAGAAGAACAGAAGGAGCCUGACUCGUCAGAAGAAGACUUCGAGCAAGCCCAUUUUAAUGAGAGGUCAGGCCAGGUGAACCAAGAGACAAUACAAGAGGCAAAUAAGACAACCAAAGUUAUGAAAAUCAACCUUAACAAUUGCAAAUAUCCAAUAAUUUGAGAUCUUUCAACAAAAGAGUUCUGAUUUAAACAAACUGAAGGAAACUGCUGGGAUAUCCUCUGGAGUGACUCUGGCAUUAACCAAUUAUUGUUUAAAAGAAUGAAAUUGUAUCAAAAAGUUAAUCAUUUCCCUGGAAUGUACAUGAUCACAAGAAAGAAUCAACUUUGCCAUCAUUUAAAAUAAACUGGCAAAGUCCCUACCUGAAGAGUACAGCUUCUUUCCAGAGUCAUGGGCUUUGCCAACCGAGAGUUAUCAACUGAAGGCUUUUUCUGAGCAAAACCCAAACUGUAUCUACAUUGUGAAGCCUGAAGGAGGAGCUCAAGGUAAAGGAAUUUAUCUUACUAGAAAGAUCAAUUCGUUAUUGAAUAAGAAAAAGACUGUAAUUCAAAGAUAUAUCGAAGACCCCUACCUGAUCAAUGGUUAUAAAUUUGAUCUUAGACUCUAUGUCCUUGUAACAUGAUUAGAUCCCCUGAAGAUCUUCUUCUAUGACGAUGGUCUUGCUAGAUUCUCUACACAGCAGUACUCAUUGGAUAGUAUCAACUUUAAUGAGAAGAAGAACUUGAUGACUCACUUAACAAAUUACUCUAUUGUAAAAUAAUUCCUAUUCAGAUAGUGAUCUUGGCCACUCUGUCCCAAGAUAUAUCCUAGAUCAAUGCAAGAAAACUUUGGGCUAUGUUUUGGACAAAGCUAGACUUGAUGGGUACGAUACAGAUUUAUUAAUGAAAAAGAUCCAUGACAUUAUCGUGAAGACUAUAAUUACUAUUCAGCCUAAACUGUUGCAUACUUAUAAUGUUCUCCAACCAAGGAGCAAGACCCAUGAUAUGUGCUUUGAAAUUCUGGGAUUUGACAUCCUCCUUGAAAAAGGGAAAAAUAAAUCUCCUUAUAAGCUAAAUGAGCUUGGUGAGGAUUUCAGACAGCAGGGAGGUAAAAUUCAAUUUGAUGAGCUUUGAAAAACCAAAGAGUUCAUCAUACUAUUCUUUGGAGCUAUAUGGUACCCAGCAUCUAAAGAAUUAUCAACCGCUUUGAAGAAACUGUACAAAGAAGCCAAUGCUGAGCAGAAGAAUAUCGAAGUGAUCUACAUCAGUUCUGAUGAGAGGCCAGAGCAGUUUGAAAAGUUUUACUCAACUAUGCCCUGGCUAGCAAUCGAAUAUAAAGAUAAAAGAAAACAAGGCUUGAAAGAUAGAUAUCAAAUAACUACACUUCCGACAGUAAUAAUUCUCAAUAUGAAUGGCGAUAUUGUGUCUUCAGAAGCAAGAAACGACCUUUUGGAUCUGAACCAAAAGACUGACCAUAUGGAAGACUGGAGAAGUCAAAAUUUGACUUUAUUAUUUGAAGAAGGCUUAAAGCCAUGGCUAAUUGAGGUUAACCACAUGCCUAGUUUUGGAGCAGAUACAGAAGUUGAUAAGAACUGCAAGGAGUCGCUUAUUCGUGAUACUUUCAGCUUACUCAACAUCGAUAGUAAGGCAAAGAAAAUGAUCAGAAAGAAGAGAACUAUCAGAGAAACUAUCGAGAGUAGGAUUAUCAAUGGCAUUAAAGAGAAGAGAAAGAAGGAUAGAAAUGAAGAGGAUAUUCUAAAAUAACUCUAAAUAUAUCAAGAUUUACCCCAAGAAUAGUAAAGUGUACAGAGAGUGUCAUCAGGUAGCUACUGAGGAAUGGGAAAAUCAAAAUGGGUGCUUCCGAACUUCUUAUAAUUUUAAAUAUGAGGACGAAAUAACAAAUACUGAAGAUACAGAGAAGAAACCAAAUCAAAAGAGAAAAGCUAAUUACUCCAAAGUUAAAUUAAAGAUGGAUGUAAAAUCUAAGCUCAGCCUUGAGCCAAUAAAAAAUGAUACUUACAAUAUGACUCCUCUUUCUGAAGUUACAAGGAUACCAAUACUGACUAAUAAGAACAUUACCAUUGGAGAUCCUUCUGCUCUUACAAAGCUUGAGAUAUACAAGAGAACUAAUAACAAAAGGCUUAAGGAACGAUCAAUCAAAAAGAAAAUUCAUAAUACUCUCAAAAGAGGGAGCAAGAAGAAGAAAAAGAAGAAAGGGUGCUCUACUAGCGAAGACCUAAGGAAUGACUCUACCUCUUACUCUUCUCUCCCAUACUUGAAAAAGAAUACCAAGAAAGUAUGCAAAAAUAAGAAUGCCCUUAAGAAUAAGACGAGUUUUAACGGAAAUCCUCAAAAAUGGAUGUUCAAGAAAGACAUUGAGAAGCAGCUUCAAAGACAGAGAGAGAGCUUGAAUGCUCAUAAAACCUCUACUAAUUUUAACCAAACUGAGAGGGUUUACAGAGGUGAUACUAAUGACGAAAAAUUUGACUUUGUAUAUCCCAAAGGAAACAUGAUGCAUAAGCCAAGGAGUAUUCUCCCAAAAGAGCCAAAAGGCUACUCCAUAGAUCACAAUGACUCUGGUUUACAGUCAUCAAAGUCAAACUUCUCUCAUGCUAGAGAUGAACUUCUAAGAACGUCCACUAAAUUCACACAGAAAUUUAAAUGUAUUUAUCCAGAAAAUAGUCUUCCCAAUCAAGCCCUCGAUUCGAACACCCCGAGUAAGAAAUAUUAUGCAGUAUCUUUGAAUACCUCCGAAUUGAACUAAAAAGGAAGGAUUAGAUGUUUACUCUGUAAAUAAGAGACUUCAUGUCUAUGAUGGCUCUGUGUGAGACAGUAAAAGAUUAGGAUACCACAAGGAAUCUAUUGACCAUAAUCAUGAGCAUGUGGGAUCAGUCACUCCUUUAAGCCUCAGGCCAAAUUACGAAGAGACAUCAGAGAGACUGAAUAAUGCUUUAAACAUUCCUAAGAACUCUAAUAGAAACCAGUCCAUAUUCAGAAGAAGAGCUUCAAAGAAGAUGAACUAUAAGGAACAAGUUUGAGAAAUUUCUAAAUCUAAAGAAUGAAAAGGCCAGAAAGAGUAUUUUCCCUAUCUCCAAAGGUUACCUUCUCCAAAGGCAAUAAAAAGGAUACCUAAGCAGACAUUUGGGCAUAAAAAUCCAGCCAAGGCGAUUACAGAAGAUGAAGUGUUUAAAUUUUAGGAUUCCUGAUGGCAAAUUAGAGAAAAGAUUAUCUAUUUUGAAUUAAAAAAUUGUGCAAUU